UUAAACAUUGUGAGCAGCAGUACAAGUAGAAGUUAGAAGAUAGAAGCAUUUAUCGAAGCUACAACUAUGGCUGCCUAUCCAAAUCAAUCAUACUACUCUGUGUAUCCACAACCCCAAUCAUACUACUCUGUGUAUCCACCAACAGCCACUAAACAACAGCCAUUGUUUGCACCAGGCACAGACCCGGAGAUCAUAAGAGCCUUUCGAGCCUAUGAUGAAGAUGGCAAUGGAUUCAUUGAUGACGAGGAGCUGCAGAAAGCUCUCUCCACAGCUGACCUGUCCUACAGCAUCAGGACAGUUCACCUUCUCAUGUUUAAAUACAACAACAGAAAUUGCACUACAAUAGGGCCAAGCGAGUUCACAAAUUUGUGGUAUGAUCUCCAGGCAUGGCGGUCAAUGUUUGAGAAAUUCGAUAGAGAUCGUAGUGGGAAGAUUGACAGCAUGGAACUUCGAGAUGCUCUUCUCCGAUUGGGAUAUUCAUUAUCACCUCCAGUUAUACAGCUUCUACUUACAAAAUAUGACAAGACAGGCGAAGACAGCGGAAUUGAUUAUGACAACUUCAUCGAGUGUGGCGUAAUUGUGAAGGGGCUUACUGAAAAGUUCAAGGAGAAAGACAAAAGGCGCACUGGCACAGCUACUCUGACCUAUGAAGAUUUCAUGCUCACAGUUUUACCCUUCAUUAUUGCAUAGCAAGAUUAGUCCUUGAAUAGAGUUUGUUAAAGUGUUUGUUAAUUUGAUGGAAAGGCGUUAAUUUCUGCAGUAGAGCAGAAAUAUAUCACAUUUAUAUGAUUCCACAAGUUAAUGGAACAACUGGAACAACUUUUUCAAGUAUUUAUAUAAAUAGAUCUUUUUAGA